AUGCGUAACAGGAAUAACAGCCUACUGAAGACUGCCUGCUUAGCCCAGCUUCCACAACAGCCUAUGCCGCGGUGGUGCAUUAUGUGUGUUCGCAUAUUCCGUAGGGACAGCUUGCUUGGUCCAGCACCUACAUCAGCCUGUGUGCCGAUGCAACAACAACAUUACCGAAAUAUUGAGACAGAAUUUAAGCUUGUUCACUUGGAAAACAAAGUAAAUGUUGUACAAUCAAAAAACCAGAGACUUGAAGAAACAUUGGAUGAAUCAUUGGAUGAUUUCCGUGAGGACCAGAAUAUCACAAGGAUACAGUUAGAGAAUAUUGCUUCUCUUCAUCAUUCAACUUGUGAAAAUGACUGGAUUCACCUAGCAAACAGCUGCUAUCUGUUUUCAAGUGAAAAUGCAACAUUUAGUGAUGCCGUGAAAUGGCGUACCAGUGUCAAACCCGGGGCAAACAUUCUAGAGAUUCGGACUCCAGAAGAAGAAAAAUGGAUUGAUUUCUACUUAAAGAGUCAAGGUGUUAAACGUAUUUGGAUCGGAUUGACGGAUGUAGUAAAGGAAAAUGACUUUGUCUUUGUGUCCGAUGGCCAGAAACCAAACUAUACAAACUGGAAAAAUGAACCUAACAAUGCAGGUGGUUCUGAAGAUUGUACUGAAAAAUACACGGAUUCUAAUUGGAAUGACCUCAGAUGUGACAAAAAACUAAGCUUUCUUUGUAAAGUCUGA